UUGAUCUCAAAGUUCCUGUAUCAGGGAGAUUGUCAAGUUCUCUAAGAAAUUACAAAUUGCUGAUCCUAGCCUUCCCUUUGUACAUGAGUUCCCAUGUUGGAUGUCUUUUGGAUUUAAUAUGAACAUGUAUUACUUGCAUGGGGACUCUUGCCUUAAGGAAUGUAAACUUUAUCUGCAUUUGCUGAUUUGUAAAAUAAAAUUAAAAAAAAUUAAAAAAAAAAAAGGAAAAUGCAUGUCACAAAUGAAAUUCUCUAUUGUAAAUAAAUUUUUUCGUUGAAAGUUGAAGAUAAGUAUGGCUCUGUUUUGUGUCCUUCAUUUGCUUAUUUCAGCACCAGAUGCUCUUGGGAAUUAAUUCCUUUGCAGAAAGCGCUUCAUGGAGCACUUUGUGGGUCACAAGAGUAUUCUGCUUAUGUGCACAUAUCUGGGUCUAUAUCUCACUGUCUCUCUAAAUGUAUAUAUAUAUAUAUGUGUGUGUGUUGGAUUUGGACCACUCAAGCAUAGGCUUAAUCCUCCCAAAUAUUUAAUGCUCUGACCCUGAUCCAGCAAAUCCCAUGGGCAAAUGUAAUGAGGCUGUUGGAGGAGUCGCAGGCUGUGGCACACGGUGAUGGGAUGGUUUUUAAGCAUGUCUGGCACUGAAAGGUGAAUACAUUGAAUACAUUGAGUACAUUUCCUCCCUCCUGCUCUGGGAAGGGUUUUCCUGCAGGGAUGAGGUCGGUGUGAUUAGAGGCACCACCCGAAUGAGCUCYGUAAGUAGCGCUCUCCACACCUCGUUAUCCUGUAAGUUAUCCUCUGCACGGGAUUAGGGGUGGAAGAGAAGCAUUAAGGCUUUAAUAGCAAACAAACUGCUUUCUUGGGCUAAUGGUGCAUCUCUUGGAUCUCCAUGAUGUGGACAGUCUUCAGCCUGGUUCUUGUCAGCUCCCUUUUUGUCCUCAAAAGUGAAGCUCUGCAGUGUUACACCUGUGUAGGCUCUAGUGAUGAUGACUGUAACAGACAAGGAAGCCAGCAGUGUCCAGGCCAUGCAGAUGCCUGUGCAGUCAUUAGAGGACAAGCAAGUGGCAUCAUGAAGUCGUGCUCGUUCAGAUCCUUCUGYGAGCGGGCCAGGAGGGACGGAUCGAGGGCACCCGGAGUGAGCGUCCACUGCUGCUACUCCAACAACUGCAACGCCAAGAGCCUGGCUCCCAGAGUCACCAGCUCCAGCAGCUACAUCUCCCUCCUCAUCUUCACCCUGCUCUGGCACCCCUUCUUGAAGCUGACAUGAGGGGGAGAAGAAGGAAAAAGAAUAUCCUGAAGCAACAGCUCUGCCUUCUUAGCAARGGAUGAUAAUAUUUCCUAAUCACGUUGCUCCAUGUACCAUUUAUCUCACUAGGCAAAAAGCUGUAGGAAGACCUGACAGAUGUUUAGAUAAAAAUUGUUUCAUCUGCUAAAUAGGUCUUGAUCUCUGUGUAAGGAAUGCUGCCCUGUUGUUUAUCCUGAGGGGGGUUGACUGUGCGAAUACGUAACAUUUUCCUGCAAUUUAGAUAAGGAGAAAUCUUUGCUGCAGGUAGCUUGGUAGUAAGGUAAAGGACAAAUGUCUGCCAARCAUUGUUUACUGUUGGCAGAAAUUCAAAAGCAAGCUGGAAUUUUCAAGCACGAAGUGGCUGGAAAUUCUAGCAAACAAGGUAAUCUUUCAGGGGAGCAUUGGCACACUGGACAAAUGUGAAAUUUGAAAAAUGUGAAAUCAAGAAAAUGUGAAAUGUGAAAUCAAGAAAACUUGAAAUACAGAUUAUUUAGUAUUAAUACAAACUGGUAAGAUAAGGUCAUUAAGAGAAUAAUGCAUGGAGGUAUAUUGUAUAUUUUGUCCCUGUCAGUGUCUAAGCCAGGUUGGAUGGGGUUUGGAGCACCCUGGGAUGGGGGAAGAUGUCCCUGCCCCAGGCAAGGGGUUGGAACUGGAUGGUCCUAAAGGUCCUUUCCAACCCAAACCAUUCUGUGGUUAUAUGUUUGUGUGUAUUUUCUGGGGAAAAAACACCUUCCAGUCUUCUCUUUUCUGAGCCUUUGAGAAUCUUACCACAGCACUGGAAGAAGAAGGAAAAAGAAGAGCUUGGAAGUUGUUUUUGAGCUGGUAAACUCCAUCCAAAGAUUGGCUUCAUCUCUCUCCUCUGCUGGCUUUAAAAACAAGUGGCUAGUCCCCGUCUUGUAGGCAAAUUGUAACUUGAAUUUAUAAUUCUUGUUGAGGUUUCAGUUAUUUAGAUAAUUCUCCACUGUCCUAAAUUUCAGUUUUUGAGAGUAAGAGUGUAUAUAUCUCCCCCUUCAAUGAUGUGGUUGAGUUGAGCUGUUCAUAUAUCCUUUUCAUUUUGCAAAGUAAAGGAAAUUACUCGGAGGUCUUUAGAGGCGUACGAGACUAAAUCAUUAUUUUUAAUAAACACAUKCAUUGCAGUUUUACCAAGUAAAGGAUCCAAAAAGGAUCACAGAGUAAAUGAAUUGUGCAUCACUACCUCUUUUGAUUCAAAACUGAGAGCACCAACUACUGAAAUUUGUACAUUUUAAUGCCCAGCUGUGAUGAUCUGGUCCAACCCCUGGCACACAACAUGCACAGGGCUGGCUUCAAGUCCAGCUGGUGUGACUGAAGUAGAGGUGGUCUUUGCAGCUCUAGUUUUAGCUGCCUAGUAGGAAAUUUGUUAGGUCAAGUUUAUGGAACUCACAAAAUACGUGGCAAAGUAGUUUUUCCUCUAGCUUUGUGUUGUGUUUUUUUCAGUAUACUACUUUGAAAAAUUAAUUCCGGGUGGUGUGUAUUAGAAUUCUGCAGAUUGACCAAAAUUUUACUGAGGUUGCAAACUCUAGAGAGCUGCUUUGAGGUAAAUCAGUGAAUCCUCCCUGUUGAGUGUARCCCUUGCCUCGUAGCUGUUGCUGUCACAGGGGCUGAACUGUCUCCUUGUUUUGCUGUGCUCUUUUCCCAGUGUGGAUCCUYCAUUGUCUCAUGUGGCUUCAGCUGGCUGGAUUCUCCUGGGGSUUUGUUCAGAAGGGCUCAGACAAGGCAGUUCUGCUCUAUUUUUAGUCUCUAGGCAGCAGUCUGAUAAAGCUGUUAUAUAUCUUUAAAUAUAAAGAUUGCAACAAUGCAGCAGGUCUUGGCUGAGAAUGUUAAUUUGGACUCCAGUCUCAUCUAUUUAAAAAUCACUUAAAUUGGUGUAAGUAUUUUUCAUUUCAUUCUCAGCUUGAAGCAGUUCCUUCAAUCUCUUCUGCUGCGGGAAGCAGGUAUUGAUUGUAUCUUUAUCUUCUGAUGGUUCUGUAAAGAUAAAUCUGUAUUGAAUGUAAUCUCUGUAUAUGCUCUGUGCAUUUCCUUAAUGAGAAAAUAAAUUCCAURC